AUGGCCUCUUCAAAGACUGUUACUCUGCGGAGCGAGACUGCGGUCUCUCUUGUAGACCCAAACCAGAGUCUGAAAGCUUCCAAGGCGUUGCUGGCGCAUAUGAAGAAAGCAUCUAAGGAAGCUGCCAAUUCCGAGAAGAGAAAUCUCUUAGCCGACCCUGAAGAAGCUAGCAAAGAGGUACCGAUAUGGCUCACCCUGACUACAAAGCGACAUAUUGCCGACUCUCGACGCCUUAAACCAGGCAAGAUCGUUGUUCCACACCCUCUGAACACUGACUCCGAGGCGACUAUCUGCCUGAUAACUGCGGAGCCCCAGCGCGCAUAUAAAAAUCUGGUUGCCUCUGACGAGUUCCCUGCAGAGCUGCGAAAGCGCGUAACGCGAGUUAUAGACGUAUCCAAGCUAAAAGCAAAAUUCAAGGCGUACGAAGCGCAGCGCAAGCUUUUCAAUGAGCAUGAUAUCUUCCUCGGUGAUACACGGAUUAUCAACAGGUUACCGGGAAUCUUAGGAAAGACUUUCUACGGGACGACAGCCAAGCGCCCAAUUCCCGUUGAAAUACAGGCUCGCGUGCCGAAGAGUGACGGAAAGAGGGUGAAGCGCACAAAGGAUGCAGAGAAUCCGAACACGGCUACUCCUAUACAAUUAGCAGGGGAAAUAGAAAGAGCUUCUAGCGCGGCGCUUGUUAACCUAUCACCUACGGUUAAUACCGCUAUCCGUAUCGGAAAUGCCAGCUUGACCGCCGAGCAGAUCGCGGAGAACGUCGAGGUGGUUGCGAAGAAUCUAGUAGAAAAAUUCGUGCCAGGAAAGUGGAAGAAUGUUCGAGGCAUCUAUAUUAAGGGCCCUGAAACCGCUGCCUUGCCUAUCUGGCUAACGGACGAGCUGUGGCUCGACCAUAAGGACAUUGUAGCUGACGGCUCAGAGGAGGCCAAGGCCAUCCUCCCCUCAGAAAAGGCGAAUAUAGGGAGGAAGCGAAAGUCGCUCGAAGGACAGCCUGAGGAGGCUGAACCUGUAACGAAGAAGUCCAAGAAGACGAAGAAGUUGCCUGACAGUGAUGAUGCGAAAUUGGACAAGGAGAUUGCAGAUCGAAAAGCAGCACUGAAGAAACAAAAGAAAGCUGCGAAGAAGGCUUUGGAGGUCUAA